AUGCGUCGCCCCUCGGCAGACCUCACAGACCCGUCGCGCAACUUGGAGGAGUCAAUCGGAUCUCCUUCAUCAGACUUCGACACUGCCGAUGUUGACCUCUCGAUGCCCCCGAAUUCCGACGAGGAGAUAGACGAUGGCGACGGUCGUAUCUUCACCCCGCCUCCGCACAUCGCCGCGCGGUUUUACCGACCGUCUCAGGCUCGUCGCAAGGAUUCCGCAGCCUCCUCCCGCCGCAACUCCAUCUCCUCCGCACACUCCCGCUGCUCCUCGACGCAGACCUUUACCCGCCAUGGUGCCCCCCAGAGCAAGCAUAUCGCGCAGCACCUCCGCCGCACGUCCUUCCUCGAAGACCGAAAGGCCCGCCUUGCGGACCGAGCUGCCCACGCUGAAAAGGUCCGUCUGAGAGCCGCCAUGGCCAAGGCCACCCACCGAGAUACCACUGUGUCAGAAGAACGCGCCAUCGCCGCCCAACAAGCCCGGGAGCGGAACUUGGCAGAGAUCGUCGCAUCAUGUGCCGAGGAGGUUAAGAGGGCCAAGGCUGUCGCCGAGACCAUGAAGGAGAAGAGAGAGCGGGAGCUGGUCAAGCUGCGCGAACAGAUGGAGGAGCGCUUGGCUGAGGCGGAGCGGAGGAGGGAAGAGCUCAAGAAUCGAAAUGCCACCAAGAGAGUGCGUGGCCAGAGUUUGGUGACGCGGAAGCCUACCGAGACGCUUCCGCAAGUGGCGGAGACUGAUACCCCGGUGUUGAGCGAGGCUGCAGCUGCGGCAAGGCUGCAGUGGUGGUGGAGGAGCCUCGUUAGGAAGAAUGCUGUUGCUGAGUUUUCCGAAUUGGGACUCACCAUCGACAGCGUGCGUGACACGUCCUUUGACCAGGUCUUGGAGCUGCUGGGUCAGGACAAGGUGGUUGUUCGCACUGCCCGCAUCCUACGGAUCUGUGGCCUGCAAGAAGGCGAGUCUGGAUCGGUCGAUGAGAUGGCCGCUGUGCGGACCUUUCUCAGCGCCUUUCUCAUCCUGGGUCACCCUACGCAGGUCCUAAGCAACAAGGAUGGCACGGGGGAAGCGGAACAGGUUGGAUUGCUACAGUCUCAGCCGAUACCCCGUGAUGACCUUGCUAAUCCGCAGCUGCAGGACCUCGUGACCAAGGCUCGGGAUCUUUUGAUUUCUUUUGAGAACAUUCUGUCUCGCUUGACGGCUGCCAACAACUACACGCCGCCGCCGAGUCUGCGCAGUGCGCUGCCCGAGAUCUAUGCAACCUUUUACAAUGCGUUCCUCUCGUGGAAGUCGCGCGACUCGGAAUCGCUCGUGCAAGUAAUGUUGAUGCAGUUUGUGGAGCUCGACAUGAUCUUGCAGACAGUCCAAGAAAGCACCGAUGAUGCAGCUGCAGACCAGUACCGGGAAAGCAUCAAGAGCAACCAGAUCCAACUGAUUGUCCGGAUCAAGAAGCUCGCUGGUCAAGAAAGAGGCAAGAAAAUUAUUGCCGAUGCAGUCCGCAAGGCGCGCAAGGCGCGGGCAGCAAAGAAACCUACAGGAGACAUGAGGCCUCGUGUCGCCGAAACCGCUGCUGGAGAAGCUUCAGCUACAGCAGAAAGUCUUGUGUCCCCGCAGCCGCAGACUUUGACGCCGCCACCAACUCCCGCCAAGGGCUAUGUCAAGCCACAGCCAAUCGAGAUGAAGCCCGGCUUGAGCGGGUUGCUGCCGGACAACCGCAUUGUGGUUCAUGAGCUUGCGAUCAACCGAGAGUAUCGCAUUCCUGCGAGCGAGUUCCGGGAACAUCGCACGCUGCUACAGAUACCCCUAUUUGCUGGAAUGCGGGCCAGCUUGGAGCAAGACAACAUGGAUGCCAGCUUUGAAUACUUCGUCAUAAUGAUGCGAUACUUCAAGGACAACCUUCAACGGCUCGUCAAGCCUGGCGCUUACAUGCACACCACGAUUGGAGAGAUACUCGACGUCGAGGUGGCCGAGCGCCAGUUCCAGAUGGGAAGUUUCUCGUACGAGAAAUUCUUCGCUUCUAUGGCGUCACUUUUACCGAAGCUGUGUGCUCCGUUCCGCGACGAGGAGGCAAAGGACUUGGUUACCAACAAACUUCACCAAGGGAGCCUCGUCGACCGCGUUGAGGCCUUGACCGAGUUUGUCGACUUGAUGCUUUGUGAUUACGUCAACUACAUAUUCUCGACAGCUGCCCCCCAGCUGAUAGAGUCUUCGCCUGAGUACGAGAAGAAGAGGUUUGCCUCGGCGUUGGAGAACGGCGAGCAUGGCUUGAAAGCGGCGGAGGCAGCAUGGCGUACAGCUCGGUCAAAGGCCAUGGCCGAGGUUCGCAAGCGAGACCCUGAAGGCAUUAACCACCCAAAGUCUCGGCCAACGGACGACAAGUUCUACGCGCAAAUGCUUGUCGACUGCUUCACGCAGCCAGCGCCCAUCUCCAUUGACAAGGUGCCUGAGAUGUUGUUGCUGGACUACAAGCGGAUGACGCGGCUGUCACUUGCCUCGCAAAGGAUCGUUACCACCGGGGCCAUCUUGCUACAGUGCAAGAACCUCCUCAAGCGUGACGUUCGGGCCCCGUGGAAGACGGAAGCGACACGGAUCAUGACGGUGCUGGAGACGGACCACGGCAACAUUGACUCCACGGUGCAAGGUGUCAUGGCGGCACUCGAAGGCGGUCGAUCCAUGCCGGCGGCGACCAAGACACAUCUCAGGGCUUUGGUCACCAAGGUGCUCAACGCCAGCCAAGACUCAAUCAAGAAGGGUGUUGAACCCACGGAGCCUGUGUUGCGUCUUCUCCUGGCUCGUCUGCGCGGCCACCUCAACAGCAGGCUGACGGCUGGAUCGGCGAAGGAGAAGGUCAACGCGGCCACGACAGCACAGGAGAAGCUGGCGGGACUGGGAUUGCCCGAGUUUGCGGUGCAGGUGCGAGAGAUGCUGGAUGAGAUAUCAAAGGUUGGGGCUGUGGACAAGGCAGCUCACGGAACGUGGUGGAACGAAGUAGCGGCCAAGGUGGCAGGGGAGACGGAGGCAACUAACGGGUCGCCUUCCUAA